AUGGAUCGCAAUUUUUUGACUCAAUUAGAGCAAACUUUAGCCGGGAUUUUGAAUCCCAAUUCUACAUCUUUGAAGGAAACUACAAAGAUAUUACAAAAUGAAUUCUACACACAGCCAACGGCGUUGCCUGGUUUAAUUCAUAUUUUGCAGAACUCCUCAGAAGAUGGAUUGAGGCAGUUGGCCGGUGUUGAAGCUAGGAAGCUUGUUCCAAAAUUUUGGAGCAAGUUGGAUAAUUCUAUGAGGUCUGAGAUUAAAAAUUCUUUAUUAAGGACUGCAUUUACUGAGAAUAAAGACAUCAUUCGUCACUCUAGUGCUAGAGUCGUUGCUGCUAUUGGUUCUGAAGAGCUUUCUGAGAACCAAUGGCCCGAACUGGUGCCAAGUUUGAUUCAAGGUGCAGCUGAUGAGAACGCCAAGACCAGAGAGACUGCCGUGUUUGUUUUGCUCUCUGUACUUGAAUCUUUCAAUGAAGGCUUGUUCCAAUAUAUCAACCAAUUUCUCAGCCUGUUUGCGCAGACUAUGAAUGAUCCAGCCUCUCUAGAGACUAGAUCUUUGUCCGUGCAAGCUUUAAAUCACGUUUCUGCGUUGAUUGAAGAGCAAGAAACCAUCGAGCCCGAACAAGCAGCACAGUUUUGCUCUUUGAUUCCUUCUGUGGUUAAUGUUUUAGAGGCUGCCAUUAAGAGUGGUGAUACAGUUAACACAAAGCUUAUAUUUAACUGCUUAAACGAUUUCCUUUUGCUGGAUUCUCAACUUACGGGUAACGCAGUUACUGACUUGGUCAAGUUAGCUUUACAAAUUUCCGUCAACAAGGAUUUAGAUGAAGACAUUAGAGUCUUCGCCGUUCAAUUUGUGAUUUCAGCAGUUUCUUACAGAAAGUCUAAGUUACAGCAAGCAAAACUUGCUCCUGAAAUUACACGUACCGCUUUGAAGGUGGCUUCAGAUGAGAUCGAUGUCGAUGAAGAGUUAAACAACGAAAAUGAGGCCGGUGAAAAUGAAGAAAACACUCCAAGCUUGUCUGCCAUGAGAUUAAUUGCUUUCGCUUCUACCGAGUUUCCUCCUUCCCAAGUUGCUGCCCCAAUUAUCGAACUCCUACCAGCAAUGUUGUCUUCUGCUAACCCAUUCGAAAGACGUGCUAUUCUUUUGGCUAUUUCUGUUGCUGUCACUGGAUCCCCUGACUACAUUUUGUCUCAGUUGGAUAAGAUCAUUCCUGCUACUAUUUCAGGUAUGAAGGACCCUGAACCAAUUGUGCAGUUGGCUGCGUUUAAGGCGGUUACUCAGUUGACUACUGAACUACAGGAUGAGGUUGCGAAGUUCCACGAAGAGUACUUGCCAUUGAUUAUUAGUGUCAUUGACAGCUCCAAGCACAUUGUUAUCUACAGAUAUGCUACCUCUGCUUUGGAUGGUUUACUGGAAUUCAUUGCUUACGAAGCUAUUGCAAAGUAUCUAGAUCCAUUGAUGAACAAAUUGUUCCAAAUGUUAGAAUCUCAAACUUCUUCCAAGUUGAUCUCCGCCAUUGUUUCCGCUAUUGGUUCUGCUGCCUUUGCCGCUGGUUCGAACUUCAUUCCAUACUUUAAGACAUCUAUUCAAUAUUUGGAACCUUAUAUCAGGAACUGUUCCCAGAUCGAGGGCAUGUCAGAUGAUGACAUUGAGUUGAGAGCUUUGACCUUUGAGAACAUUUCUACCAUGGGUAGAGCGGUAAGAUGUACUACAUUUGCCGAAGUUGCAGAGCCAUUGGUUAACUCUGCUUACGAAGCCAUCAAGACUGAUUCAGCGAGAUUGAGAGAAUCCGGUUACGCUUUCAUCGCCAAUAUGGCUAAAGUCUAUGGUAAGGAUUUUGCGCCAUUUUUGGACACAAUCAUGCCAGAAAUCUUUAAGACCCUACAGCAGGAGGAAUACCAGUUCAACUUUGAUGGUGACGCUGAAGACUUAGCCGAUUUCGCAGACGAUGCAGAUGAGAACGACUUACAAAACAAAUUCACUGUUAACACCGGUAUAUCUUACGAAAAAGAAGUUGCUGCUGCUGCUUUGUCAGAAUUAACCUUGGCUUGUAAGGAGGACUUCUUGAAGUUUGUUGAACCAACGUUAAAGGUGUUGAAGGAGCAAGUUGAGGAAUCUUACGGUUUGAAGGAAACUGCAAUGCAUACUAUUUGGAAUGUCGUUAAAGCUCUUCUGCUGACUACCAACGUCAACGAAAGUAACUACCCAAGAGGUAUCCCAGCCACAUCUUACGUCGAUGGUAGCAUUUUGUCUGUUAUCCAAACUUCAAGAGCUAUUGCUUUGGACAAUUUGAGUGAAGAGUUCGAAAAUUCCAUGGUUAUUACCGUUUUCGAGACCAUGGCUGAGAUGAUCAAAAAGUUUGGUCCUAUCAUUAUUAUGGAUAACGGUGACUCAAGCUACUUAGAAAAGCUAUGCAUAGAAGUUCUAAGGGUCUUGAAGGGAGACCAUCCUUGUCAAACUAUUGACUACGAGGAUGAUGUUCCAAAGGAUGAGGACAUGGACGCAUCUGAAACCGAAGCCACUCUAUUGGACGUAGCCUUGGAAGUGCUUGUUUCAUUAUCACAUGCUUUGGGUGAGAGUUAUCCAAAGGUAUUCGACAACUUUAAGCCAAUCGUUUUGGGUCUAUUUGAUGUUAAGUCAAAGAACAAGAGAUCUGCUGCUGUCGGCGCUGCCUCUGAAAUCGCAUGUGGCUUGAAGGAACACAACCCUUAUGUCCAGGAGUUCUUAGAAGCUUUGAUCAUUAGAUUGAAUUCUGAUAAGUCAUUGGAAGUUAGAGGUAAUGCUGCCUAUGGUGUCGGUCUAUUAAUUAGAUAUGCUCAAUUUGACGUUUCUGCAGUAUAUGAGCCUGUGUUGAAGGCCAUGUAUGAACUUUUGAGCACUGCGGAUCAAAAGAUGCUAGCGGCCGAAGACGAUGAGGCAACUAAGGAAAUAAUGGACAGAGCAUUUGCGAAUGCUACUGGUUGUGUUGCAAGAAUGGCAUUGAAGCAUCAAAACUUAGUUCCUUUGGAACAUACCAUUCCAGCCUUGUUGAGCCAUCUACCAUUAAAGACUGGUUACGAGGAGUACGAUCCAAUCUUUGAGUUUAUCAUUAGCUUAUACCUAUCCAAGAAUCCUUUGAUAAUUAAUGAAACUCCUAGAGUUGUUGAACUCUUCGCUGCUGUUUUUACCAAGGACAACGAAAGAAUUCAACUAGAGAAAGAAUCUACUCUUGGUAGAGAGGAAAAUAUGGAUAAGUUGAGGCAAUUCCAAACUGAAGAAAUGAAACAUAAGGUUGUUGAAUUAUUGAAAUUCUUGAAUCAGUCGUAUAAUGGUGUUGUAUCUCAGAACCCAGUUUUGGCUGCUGUUGUCGCAUAA